GUGGUGUCAGCGAACAACAAUACUGUUCCCCAUUACAGAACAUGAAGCAGCAAGUUGGCGUUGACAUGAUUCUGACCACGUUUUGAAGUAGUACAGAAAUCAACGUUGUCACCUUGCUAGCUGCUCACCCUCUAUUCGAAGACUCAGGACAUUGGAUACCCCCAGAUUUGAUGGGAAAAUAACACAAAAAUGAAUCGGCUGCUUUUUGUUUCUCAUCUUCUCAUCAUUCUGGCAGGUUCUGCCUGGGGCUCUGAUGAUGAGACCCGUCUGGUGAAAACCCUGUUCACUGGCUACAACAAGGUGGUGCGUCCUGUCGCUCACUUCAAGGACCCAGUGGUGGUUACAGUUGGCCUGCAGCUCAUUCAACUCAUCAGUGUGGAUGAGGUCAACCAGAUUGUUAACAGCAAUGUUCGACUGAAACAGCAAUGGAAGGACGUGAACUUGCAAUGGAAUCCUGAGGAUUACGGUGGAAUCAAAAAGAUAAGAGUGCCCUCCACUGACAUUUGGCGCCCUGACCUCGUUCUCUAUAACAAUGCUGAUGGUGACUUUGCCAUCGUUCACGAGACCAAAGUGCUGCUGGAGCACACUGGCAUGAUCACGUGGAACCCCCCUGCCAUCUUCAAGAGCUACUGUGAGAUCAUCGUGCUGCACUUCCCCUUCGACCUGCAGAACUGCAGCAUGAAGCUGGGUACAUGGACCUAUGAUGGCAACUUGGUUGUCGUCAAUCCCGACAGCGACCGUCCUGACCUGAGUAACUUCAUGGAGAGUGGAGAGUGGGUGAUGAAGGACUACCGCAGCUGGAAACACUGGGUGUACUAUGCCUGCUGCCCAGACACGCCCUACUUGGACAUCACCUACCACUUCCUGAUGCUGCGGCUGCCCCUCUACUUCAUCGUCAACGUCAUCAUCCCCUGCAUGCUCUUCUCAUUCCUCACUGGCCUCGUCUUCUAUCUGCCCACUGACUCUGGUGAGAAGAUGACUCUGAGUAUCUCUGUCCUGCUGUCUCUGACUGUGUUCCUGCUGGUCAUCGUUGAGCUCAUCCCCUCCACAUCCAGUGCUGUGCCGCUCAUCGGGAAGUACAUGCUCUUCACCAUGGUUUUCGUCAUUGCCUCCAUCAUCAUCACUGUCAUUGUCAUCAACACCCACCACCGUUCCCCCAGCACUCACACCAUGUCCCCCUGGGUUCGCAAGAUUUUCAUUGACACCAUUCCCAACCUCAUGUUUUUCUCAACAAUGAAACGUCCUGCAAAGGAGAAACAGGAUAAAAACAUCUAUGGUGCUGACUUUGACAUCUCAGACAUCUCAGGCAAGCCCACCCCUACUGCAGUCACCUACCAGUCCCCCAUCACCAAGAACCCCGACGUACGCAGUGCUAUUGAGGGGGUGAAGUACAUCGCUGAGACCAUGAAAUCUGAUGAGGAGUCCAACAGUGCCGCUGAAGAGUGGAAGUUUGUAGCCAUGGUGCUGGAUCACAUUCUGCUGUGUGUGUUCAUGGGGGUGUGUAUCAUUGGCACACUGGGGGUGUUCGCAGGCCGUCUCAUUGAGCUGAGCAUGACGCCCUAGAGGUCUGCGGUGUGUCAUGUAUAGUGCCAGACGUUUUAAUUGACCUGACCAGGAAAAACCUCUGGGCCUAAGUGACUCUAAAAGUCAAAUAUUGCUGUGUGAAGACUUGCUUGCUGCUGUUUUUGACCCUCCUGUUCACAGUAUAAACAUGCAUUAUUAUUGGGUGGUUUUCAAUUUGUCACACCCUGAUCUGUUUCACCUGUCUUUGUGAUUGUCUCUACCCCCCUCCAGGUGUCGUCCAUCUUCCCCAUUAUCCCCUGUUCUCUGUUUGUCUGUUGCCAGUUUGUUUUCUUUUGUCAAGCUUACCAGCAGUUUUCCUUCUGCUCCUGUCGCUCGAUUGUUCCUGUUUCCUAGUUGACCAUUCUGUCUGCCCCUGACCCUGCCUGCUGUCCUGUAUCUUUGCCCCACCUAUCUGGAUUACUUACCUCUGCUAGCCCUUGACCUGCCUUUUGCAUGCCCCUGUUCUAUUAAUAAACUGUUGUUACUUCGACUUUGUCUGGGUCUUACCUGAAACAUACAAUUAGCUCAGAUUGCUGGGUGCAUGCAUGUUUAUCCAUAUUUUCACUAAUGUGUGUUAAUUUUCGAGCAGUUGAGCCACAUUCUAAUCAAGUUGAUUGUAAUCAAGGUAUUUGUUCUAGUUCCUCAAUGCAUUUUUUAAUAUGUUUUCAUGAAUCUAUAAUUCAGUAUUUAAUAAAUAAAGUCCAUGCUUGAC